CAUGUAUUCCAUUAUAUACAGGAAUACUAUUAUCUGAUAAGUCAACCCGCCGGCGGCUUGGCGUGAAGAAAUCUCGACCCUGUGUACUUAGUAAAUGUUUCCAAUACGUCGCCACACACACCUAGACCUAAUCAAUACUCGGGUAGAGAAAGUUGGCUUGAAUGAAAGCAGCGGAGCAUAAAGCUUCGUCCGGGUAUUGUCAGAUUAAGACCACUACGAACGUCUUGGGGCGAACGUCAGCUGUGUUUGAUAAAGCGUGGUGUUUAAUCCAGCUCGACGCAAGCCCUGUUAGUCAGCGAGAGUGAAAUCUGCAAGUUGCCUGUCGGGAAUCUCAGCUGCCAUAAGGUGUGAAAUCAACGAUAAAGUUUCGGAUUUACUACCAAGAUGUCCAGGUGCAAGUGGAACUUUUCUACCUUAGAUGAACUGCACAAGACGGCCAAUGUCACUCUCAAGUUAGCUAUGAUUAAUGAGCGCUCUAAGCGGUGGGGGAAGGUGGUCGACAGUUACCGGAAGUUGCUGUGGAUGAUCGACAAGGACAAUCUGCCCCAUGACUACGAGUCACCUGCUUCCUACUCCAUGCUGGUGUACGAGGUCCACGCCCACCUCGGUGUAGCUCUUCAACACGUGGGGGAACACAGGAAGGCGGCCGCACAGUUUACCAAGGCUAUCAACAUUGUGUCCAUCCCAAAGGGAGGGUGUCUUGCUGGCUGUUUGACCAACUCCUGCCUGAUGACGCCACUCUACGCCAGGAGAGCCUUUGCAUAUACCCGUCUUGGGGACAUGGCCGGUGCGAUGAGAGAUGCUGAGAAAACAGUCGUCCUCGACAGCAGAAAUCCAGACGUCUACUGUAUCCGGGCUCUUGUUCGAGGUGCACGUGAUGAAGACUCGUUGGCUCUCAGGGAUGUUGACCACGCUCUCCGGAUGAACCCAAACCACGUGUGUGCCCUCAUCCUCCGUGGUGCCAUCACAAGGCCCCUGCUGGCUCCGAACUACAUCAGUGGUUCACAACGGAAGGCGGAGAGGAUCGAACCCGAGAGCCACUCCUUCUUGAAUCUCACCGACUUCACACACCCCUGCAUGAUGGACUUCUAUGACAGGUUUCUGUUCACACUGAGUGUCCCACACACCAUCAUUGACAUCAACCUGACACCAGACAAGCCAAGCAAGAAGCAGAUAUUGUCCAACCCAGAGAUGUACAACAGUCGCUCAAGUCGACCAAGCUCCGCCCAUAGUACCUGCAGCUCCGCCUUCCGGUGUGGAACAACAUCCGGGCCUCAGAAUGGCAUGGCAACACGGCGGCGUCAUGACUACGGAGAGGCCAUCAGAAAACACAACUCAAGACCGAAAACAGCAACAGAAUAUCUUGCCAUGGUCGAUAAACAACGGAAGAAGGCAGCCGAAAUGCAGCGAGCGGCUUCUGCCAGUCGAACAUCUAAAACGCCAUCUGGUGGUUAUCGAUCAAAUGACUCUCGUCAAGGGGGGACAACUUCUGUCACAGAUAGCGGGAGACGCACCCAAACAUCGGCAACAAAAACAUUCUACAUCGAGACCCCGACAAACUACAAUAUACCGGUAUUUCAGCAAGUUAAUAUAAAACAAGCUCCUCGGAUGUAUUACAGACCGUGGAGCGGAGACAAACUACCCGUAGCAGUAGUGCCCCACUCCAAACCUAAACCAGCCUUCUACUGAUGUUGCGACGAGUGAUGCAGCGCGUCUUGUCAGUGUUAAGAGGAAAAGAAGGAAAGCGGACUGGCGACGUUUGGUCGGAGUAGCUCUCAUCUUGGCCUUCGUCUAGUGUCAGUGUUCCGAGGUAUUGAUACAGGUUGUGUAAACCGGAGGCGACCACCCACAUCCAGGGAAUCAACAACAGAGUUUCUGGAGAGUAGGAGUGAGUGAGUGAGUAUGGUUUUACGCCGCUUUUAGCAAUAUUACAGCAAUAUCACGGCGGUGGACACCAGAAAUAGGCUUUACACAUUGUACCCAUGUCGGGAAUCGAACCCGGGUCUUCGGCGUGACGAGCCAACGUUUUAACAACGAUGCUACCCCACCGUCCCUUGAGAAUAGGAUGUGCACACGAUUUCACAGCUGUUAACAGAACUGUUGAUUGUAAUAUAUGAACUGUGAAACCCAUUUAAUCCGGACUGUGAAUGCAGUUUUCGCAGUGACUGCAUCAGGAUUAACCCAUUUUAAAAUGAACUAAUCACGGCUGAAUUAGAAUUGUCCCGACAUUAGCGCCCGGGGGUGAGGCUCCCCGACUUUCGAGGUGUCACUGUAUGUGUGGGUCUCCACGGACGGGGAAGAGAGAUUCUCUCUGGUAGCUGUGAUAGACCGCUCUCAACCAGUGUUUAAUGACGUCAGUGUUAGAACCUUUAUCCUUCGUCUUUGUUUCAUGGAACUCGCAUUUCUGGACAUCACUGACUGUAUGAUUCCGACUUCGUCAACAUCCUCAUCUUUCGGUGGUUCUUUAGGAUUGGUUGAUGUACCGUAUAAUCUCUGUCAAAUCAUUUUCGGAUUGGAUAUAUUUGUGCGACUAUGUCUCUUGCCGAUUCUUCAAGAGCUGUGAGGACUUAGCAUCAUACUACAAUAAUCAAUCGGUAUGUCUGAAAACUAGGAGCUUAUGUGCUAUACGUCCUAAUAGAUAUGUGUGUAUAGUGUGUCACUGUGUGCGGGUAAUGUUUUCAUUCAACCUCGGUCACAGGGUCCAAAAGUAAUAAUUAUUUUCGUUUUAAGGUGUAAUGUGGACAUAUAGGGUGUCCUCGAAAAAAGUAAAACUGUUAAGCAGCUCCUUUCAGAGACAACAAUUAUUUGUCUUGGAGUGACUGAAACAUUUUGUCUCUCAAAAAAAUCGGCCUCAACAAAUAUAUAUGUCAGUUCUUUGGCAAAGCCGUUGUGAAAUAAUGCCCCAUGAACUAUUGGCUUGCUUUCGUAAAGAACACUGAUUUCGGACACAGGAACUAUCAUUCGACACGCCGUGUGGACACAAUAGACCAACACGUAUACAUUCAACAAACCUGUCUUUGUCGUGUAAUAUGUGUGCACAUUGAUAACAUGUUCAUCCUGGAAACCGGAUCUGCUGAACUGAUGUGAGAAGUGAGAAUGGUUUAACGCUAUUUUUAGUUCAUUUAUCAUGCUGGAUGUUGGAGGAAGCCGCCUAGUGAUACAUAUCUUAGAGGUUUACUGGUACCACUUUGGUAAAAGCCAUGAGUUCGUGCAGGAUACCAAGAGACCAAGGAUUGUCAUCAGGGCAUGUGUUGUGGACACAUGACCAGCAGAUUUGCGAAUUGUGGUGCCUCAAUAUGUAUCUGUUCCAGUGUACUCAAUGUAUAAAACGUGUUAGAACUUA